GCCAUGUCUUUCGCUUGUUUCGGUUACCAUCAGCAUUAGACUCGCGACUUGUUUGUGUUGUGGAUCAUAAUCACAUAACAUUAUUCACAAUGCAAAAUCUGCACUCUGCUCUCAUCUCUCACUCCACAACUUCUCCAAUCUUCCUCCUCUACUACUCUCCCCUUGUUGCAUUUCUCUUUUCUUCACACAACAACAUCAUCCAUAAAUAAAAUGGCUUUCAUGAGGCUUGGAUCAAAAUCUGAUGCAUUUCAUCGUGAGGGCCAAACAUGGAAUUGCACAACCGGACUUCCAAGUGAUGUUACUGUUAAAGUAGGCGAAACAUCAUUUUUUCUCCACAAGUUCCCAUUGCUUUCUAGAAGUGGAUUACUGAAGAAACUCAUAGCUGACUUCACAAACGAGGAAGGAUCAAACUGUGUUUUGCAACUUGAUGAUGUGCCAGGUGGAGACAAAACAUUCGAGCUCGUGACCAAGUUUUGCUACAGUGUUAAAAUAGAAGUCACAGCAUCAAAUGUAGUUAGUCUAAGAUGUGCAGCAGAGCACCUACAAAUGAAUGAAACUUAUGGUGAAGGGAACCUAAUAGCAAGGACUGAGGCCUUUCUCAAUGAAGUUUUCAGCAAUUGGUCAGACUCUAUAAAAGCUCUUCAAACAUGUGAGGAAGUUAAAUCUUGUGCAGAAGAGUUACACAUUGUUUCAAGAGGCAUUGAUUCCUUGGCCGUCAAGGCAUGUUCUAACCCAAACAUGUCCAAUAGACAUGUGGAAGGACAAGAUUUCUCCAAGAACUCAGCUCAAGACCCGGCCUUAUGGAAUGGAAUUUCUUCCGAGAAUAAAUCACCACCUCCGGGUGAUGAUUGGUGGUACGACGAUUUGUCUUCGUUAAGCUUACCCUUAUAUAAAAGAGUUAUUUUAUCCAUUGAAGCAAAGGGCAUGAAACCUGAGAAUGUUGCUGGAUCCCUCAUAUAUUAUAUUAGGAGGUUUAUACCCAUGAUGAAUAGGCAAACAAGCUUCAAUGAUAAAAAUAGUGCCAAUCAAGGUACAACCACUAAUAGUCCAAUUUCUGAAGCAGAUCAAAGGGUAUUGCUGGAAGAAAUUAUGGGCUUGAUUCCUAAUAAGAAAGGGGUCACACCCUCCAAGCAUCUGCUCAGGUUGCUCCGCACAGCCACGAUAUUACACGCAAGUCCAUCAAGCAUAGAAAACUUGGAGAAAAGAAUUGGAUCACAACUUGACCAAGCUGAGCUUGUGGAUCUUCUCAUUCCAAAUAUGGGGUACUCGGUUGAGACUCUCUAUGAUAUGGACUGCAUUCAAAGGAUUAUUGAUCACUUUAUGUCCAUAUACCAGGCUUCAACUGCAUCAACUUCUCCAUGCAUAAUUGAAGAUGGGCCAUUGAUAGCUGGAACUGAUGCACUUGCACCUAUGACAAUGGUGGCAAAUUUGAUAGAUGCAUAUCUUGCUGAGGUGGCUGUAGAUGUUAAUUUGAAGUUUCCUAAGUUUCAGGCCCUUGCUUCAGCAAUUCCAGAUUAUGCUAGGCCAUUGGAUGAUGCUUUAUAUCAUGCAAUAGAUGUGUACCUUAAGGCACAUCCUUGGCUCAUUAAUUCAGAGAGAGAGCAAUUUUGUAGACUCAUGAACUGCCAAAAGCUCUCAUUGGAAGCAAGCACUCAUGCAGCACAAAAUGAAAGAUUACCACUCAGAGUGAUUGUGCAGGUCCUCUUUUUCGAACAACUUCGACUCCGAACAUCAAUCUCUGGCUGGUUGUAUGUUUCAGCCAAUAUUGAGAACUCACAAAACCACAGUGGAAAUCUUGGCCUUCCAAAGGGUAAUGGCAGUGGUCAACUAGACCCUACACAAGGUGCUGAAAACUUGAGGGACCUUGUCUCAGAGCUAGAGAAGGAAUGUUCAUGCAUCAGGAGUGAGAUUCAGAAGCUGGCUAAGACAAAGAAAAGUUGGAGCAUUAUCCCAAAAAUCUUUUGCAGAAAAAAUUCCUAGUGUUUCAUUAAUCCAAUAGAACCAAAUGGUUGCAAUAUAAGCAUACUAGUGUCCACUAUAUAUGAAUGGAAAACCAAUUCACUAAAUUGUCAAGGUUCACUAAACAUCAUAUAGCUCAGGUAAAUUGAAUGCAGUAGUGACUUUUGAGCUGACAAUCAAAUGAUAGGUAAUGGUCACA